AUGAAGUCAGUCUGGCGACUGGAUCUCAAGCGCUCGGUGACAUGGCUCAGGCUAGUUGAGUCACGAUUUCUCCUCGUGGCUUCGUCGGACACUCUAUGCAGUAAUUUGGAGAUUUACGACUUGGCGGCUCUUGGGACCAAUGGGCUGGUCCCGCUUACGGGAUGCUAUCUGCCUGGGCCUGUCACGAGUGGAGAAGCCGAAAUCCGGGAUGGACGGUUGCUUCCAACUCUACAGGUCCUCGCCCUGUGUGAACUAGACGGGAGACAGUUCUUCGGUGAGGUUCGGAGUUUAGCAGGGUAUACCGACGUCAUGCUCCUACACGAUGAUCUCGUUAUUUGCGGAACGAAGGAGAAUGUUGCUAUUCCCCAUCUUAUCUUCUGGAAAACGGGGACCUUCUACGCACUCGAGGAGGUACCAGACGAAAAGGGAACCCGGUUCAAGGCUUGCAUCUGGGAUAGCCUCCUCGUGACCGUAGGCACAGUUAACGUCAAACUUUACUCGCUUCCUUCAUCAGAGAUUCCCCCUCACAUGAUUCAGAUUUUACCCCUUUCUACUUUGAUGUGCGGUGAAGUGGAGGAAGUCUCGUUCUUCAAGGACAUACAGCCCGUGAAUCUCCCGUCCCUUUGUUCCGAUAGGAUGGUUACACCAUCCGAGCUUUCCUGGAUCAAACCUUUUUAUCCAACAGAGGAUUAUCCAGGGGAGCUCGAAAAAGCUGGUGUUUGGAAAUGCACGCUGCGGCGCAGCCUGGACUCAGACGCGAGUGGGUGCUAUUCCAUCUCAGAUCCCGACAAAGUUACUGCCUCAUGUGCUAUGUCCUUGACUGCUGGGUCGUCCGGAUCUCAGGUGCUUUGGGUGGACGACUCCUAUUGUUUCGAGAUCUCUCUUUUUAAACACUCUAAGUCGCCGUAUAUUGAGCGGGUGGAAGUCCAACCAUCCGAUGAUCUGCCUACCUUGGCUGCACUCCCGCAACUUGCCUUCGAUGAUACGUCGGGUAUUAUUGCUGUUGGUAACCUGGCCGGAGAGAUUACCGUCAUCGACCUUGUCGGCUCCCCACUCGCAUAUCUUUUUGAAUGUGACACUAUGCCGUUGAUUCCACUAAGCGAAGUUCAGAGGCUGGCUUCGACUACGCGCUUACCGUUUGACGUUAUUCCCUCAAAGUGGAACCGCCCUAUUGAUAUGAACGCCUUCGACUAUGAACAGCGUUUACUCCCGGAACGCAUCCUUGAUCUUUCCAGUUCCCAGAUUCCCAGAUUUUCAGAGCGUUGGAGAGACCGCGAAUCACUUUGUGUCAGGAGCCACUUUUGUGAAGACAUCCCGUUCAAGGACGAUCUUGCCUUCAAGCUUUCACAUUCCUACGAGUUUCUCGGUCGAGUUCAGCUAAUUCUUGAUGGUUUCACCAGUCACACGCUUCUGUCUAAAGGCGGCCUCUACUUCGUAUACACCGGCCCGUGGGAAGAAGAGUUCAUCGUGUUUCGCGGAGGGACCACUUUGAGCGAGAUCUUGAACUGUAUUCUAGAUUCCCCUGACGCUGGUCUCAGGUUUCCAGGGCUGCACCAUGAGACGACGGUGCUUCGCUCUUUUUCCGCUGAGGAAAAGGCCGGCUGUAUGCAGGCGGCCACCAGGGCUGAGCGCUGCAAGUCGGGAAAGAAUCGAUUUCACGACAUGCGAGCCAGGGGAGGACAUCCACCGAUGUGGCUCACAAAUGGCGACUGGCUGGUGGCAUCGGGCUUGGAGGAGCCUAUGCAUUACGAAGAGCAUAUGAGGUGGGAAACCUUGUACCAUGCCGUGCCGAAAUGCGAGACGCCGUGUUCGUGCCCAUCACAGGCAAGAGACGAGCCCCG